UGUAUUUAUUUGUGCACAGCUGUGUUCUUGCAAUAAGACUGACGAAGUGAGCAUCCCGUGGGUGUGCGUGUCGGACUCUGGACACACCUUUUAUAAGUUACAGCCGCCACUUAACCCCACAGUGUGCUGAGGGGACAAAGAUGUCAGGCUUCUCUUUGUUUGUAUAAGAGCCAGAGUCGGCCGGCGCUACGGGCAAGACCCGUCCAUUCACAAGUCCGAGGACCCUCCAUCCAGCCUUUAGAUACUUUUCAUUAUACUUUUUACUUAUAAUUAUUUAAGUUAUUUUUUCAUUAAGAACACGUGUCUUUCCAGAUAUUUGCAAGUUGUGUGUGUUUGCAUUGCGUUCUUUAAGUUAUCGCGAUAUUUGGCACGAAGUCGUUCACUAGCUUCGGUGAAGUAAUAGCAGACAGAUACCUGGGGACAAUGGACAUAAGAAAGCGGUCCAAUGAUGACAAAAGGAACAUGUGUAAGGUGUCACACAACAAGAAUCAAGCACUUCCUGCAGCUUGCAGCAAGAUGGUAACCAUAACAACCAGGAGCAUGUGUCCUGUCUUCUGCUCUUCCUCUGGAGCAUCGUCUGCAGCUGGAUAAAAAUCAGUCCUUCUCAUCUUUACUAAGUGUAGGAGAAGAUGAUCUGCAGGAUGUUGCUGCUCCUCAUCCUCAUCUCAUCUGUCUGUGCAGCAACAUUUGUAGUGAAUGUGACACAGAGCUCCUAUCAGGCAGAGGAGAACCACAACAUCACUCUGGAGUGGACCUUCACCACCAAACCUGACGUCUCCUGGAGGUUCCUGUUUAUCACCUGUAACCUGAUAACUAAUCCCAGAGUCCCAGUCCUGUAUCAUGUCCAUGAAGGAGUUGAGGUACCAGAGUCUCUGGAUGAAAAGUUUGCAGGACGAGUCCAGAGUGACAAAGACGUCCUCAGAGAAGGACGAAUCACACUUCAUGUGUCCAGACUCAGAACUAAUGAUUCUGGUCUGUAUGUGUGUGAUGUGAAGACAGAUUACGGCUUCAGCUCUGGAAGAUGUGACCUCAGUGUUACCGCACCGAUGGAUUAUCCUGAACCCGAGAGAAACCCUGAAACACCAGAUGUGGUCAAAGAAGGCCAAGAACACAAGCUCAUCUACUGUGGACUGAUACUCACAACAGCUAUAUUAUUGUUUGGUGCUUUUUACUUCCUCACAUUCAGUCUAGAAAAGAAAAUUUUUCCUCCAUUGGAAGAUUUUAGGUCUCGAUCCAGCAGAUCCUCGUUUCCGAACAACUCAUUUGUUUGACUGAAAUGAGGCAGAAAGAUCAGACUUCGUGGAAAAAAUUAUUUUCUUCUUGAUGUAGCAGGGAAAUACAUUUCACACCAUUUUGGAUUCUUUACCCACUGACGGCAUUACUUCUUUCAGUAACAGGUAAUCUAACUAAUUAUUGUUUACAUGUUUAAAAUACUGUUACAGAAAACACAAGCUUUUGCGUUACCGUAAUUAAGCUCAGUGAUGCUUAUCGGCCAGAGACCGACCUGGACAAGCACACACACAAAUAACUAACAGACACACACAUGGUGAGUCUCAGGGAAUAUGAAGGUUUUUAAACUGGAAGCUCAGACGUCACUUUUCUUUCUGAGAUAAAAGGUCAGAACGUUACGACAUAUUGGCUGUAAACACACGGUCCAUAUAUUAAUGUCAAUGUUUUCAUGAGUUUCACUAGUUUGUCAUAAGUUUAGUUCAAUAAUCAUUUCUAAUAUUCUGUUUUAGUUCAGUUAAAGAAGUAACAGAGUAAUUACUUCCAAAGUAACUGGUUUCUUUUAUAAAACAGACACUCGGUUACUAACUGGAAACCUGCAGUAUUUACGUCACUGCUGAAGCUUUAACUUUUGCACUAUGAACUUUCAAAUGGUACAUUAUUUUUAUUUACAUGAUUAUUGUUAAACAAGCAAAAACAAGAUAAUGUUUUGGUUUGUAACACUGAACAGUUCUUUCUAAGCUCCCUGACUCAAUGUGCAGCGUUUCUGUAGCAAAGUUUCAUUUUGCACAAUAAAGACGUUUCUGUCCUACAAACAUUUUAAGUUUGAAGUUUGUUCCUUUAUUUUUGCUGGAAAAGAAUAAGUUUAAUAAACCACUUUUCUAUUU